UCUCCCUCUCCCUCUCCCCCCCUCUCUCAUUCUGGAGUGGCACGUGGAGGCAAUUGAGAGAACAACAAUAGGGGAAUGGGUUGCUUUCCUUGUUCUGGACAAUCGAGCAAAAAUCUCAACAAGAAGCUCAACGACGUACCCAAGGAUCGGAUCGCAUCAAUCGCUUCAGACAGAGUGAAGUUAAACUUAGCUGCAGAUGUAAAGAAGGAGGCAUCUUUAAAGGAGGCCUCCAAAGAUGGAGGUUCGGAUCACAUUGCAGCACAUACAUUCAUGUUUCGUGAAUUGGCUGCUGCAACAAAAAAUUUCCUGGCAGAUUGUCUUUUGGGAGAAGGAGGAUUUGGCCAAGUAUAUAAAGGGCGGCUGGAGAGUACUAAUCAGGUUGUAGCCAUCAAGCAACUUGACCGCAACGGGAUCCAAGGGAACAGAGAAUUCCUUGUUGAAGUCUUAAUGUUGAGCCUCCUUCAUCAUCCUAAUCUUGUAAACUUAAUUGGUUACUGUGCUGAUGGGGAUCAGAGAUUAUUGGUCUAUGAGUACAUGCCACUUGGAUCAUUGGAAGACCAUCUGCAUGACCUCCCACCUGAUACAAAACGACUUGACUGGAAUACACGAAUGAAGAUAGCCACAGGUGCUGCAAAGGGAUUGGAGUAUUUGCAUGACAAAGCUAACCCUCCAGUUAUAUAUCGUGAUUUGAAAUGCUCCAAUAUUUUACUUGGUGAAGACUGCCAUCCUAAACUGUCUGAUUUUGGCCUGGCCAAAUUGGGUCCUGUAGGGGAUGAGACCCAUGUAUCCACUAGAGUGAUGGGAACCUAUGGAUAUUGUGCUCCUGAAUAUGCACGGACUGGUCAGCUUACACUAAGAUCAGAUGUUUAUAGCUUUGGGGUUGUCCUACUUGAGAUUAUCACUGGCAGAAGAGCUAUUGAGAAUUCAAGAGGUGCUGGAGAGUACAAUCUGGUUGCGUGGGCACGACCUUUGUUUAAAGAUCGGAGGAAAUUCUCACUGAUGGCUGACCCACUUCUCCAUGGCCAAUAUCCUGUGAGGGGCCUGUACCAAGCUCUUGCCGUUGCCGCAAUGUGUGUUCAAGAAGAGCCUACUAUGAGACCUCUCAUUGCUGAUGUCGUAACUGCUCUUUCUUACCUUGCUUCCCAGAAGUAUAAUCCUGAAACCCAGCCAGUCCAGAACUCUCGCUCAGGCUCUUCCACUCCUAGAUCUCGAAGAGAACAGGUGCGUGGGCGCUAAGCUAGCUGGAGUGCCAUUUUUUUGGUGUCUAAUGCAAAUGGGAUUUCUGUGAUUGCUACGACUACGGAGGUGCCUGUUUAUCAAAUUUUCCAUCCCUCCCGGUAGCAUGAGACUUUUUUGCUUUCUAAGCGAUCUUUUUUUUUCCCUUUCAUUUCUUUUUGGCAUUUAUUUUUCAUUUCACUUCCCCUUUCUCUACCCAUUUUUUGCUUAUGUAAAUUAGAGCUUGGGGCUUUGGUAUUAAUAAUAGUGCAGGGUGGUGUGCACACUUGUAUGUAAAGCUGAAGUAUCAAUUUAUAGUUUUAUACAUUGGUUUACAUGUGUU